GCACUCCAUAGUCCACAUUACGUCUUCUCAACAGGCGUGAGUUACUGAGGCGUUUAGUAACCACUUCUUAUUACUGCAUAUAGUGUACAUGUAUAUAUUAUUUUAAAUUUAUUUGUACUAACAUUAAAAUGUUAUUAAUUUGUGAUAUUAUGGUGUUAUACAAUCAAAUGUCAAAUAUGUGAAUACAGCGAUUCGACUUUUAGAUUUUUGUACACUAGUUUUAGAAUAUUUAAAUCUGUCAAAUUACAGAAAUGGCUUCAGUUCUUAAAAAGCAAAUUUUAAAACAACUAUCGAGGUUCACCAAAGGCCUAAGAGAAGAAGACAUAAAUUUGAGUACUUUCAAAGGUGAAGGUGAAUUGACAUCUCUGGAACUUGAUGAAAAUGCUUUAAUGGAUGUAUUAGAUGUACCAUAUUGGGUACGAAUAACCAGCGCUAAAUGUGAUAGAGUUUUCUUUCAAGUUCCAUUCAUGGCCAUCAAGAAAGUUCCUAUGUCCUUGACUUUAGAUAAGGUCUCGGUUGAAAUCGAGACUUGUGAUAAUGUGGAAUCAAUGGCUAUGAGGGAAAAUGUACAGACCGUUCAACCGGGAAAAUAUAAAUUUAUUAAUCAAGUUAUUGAUGGCAUGACUAUACAAAUCAAUGAAGUUAAUAUAACUUUUAGAGAUCCUGCUUUUCAUGCUUCUGUUCAGAUUUUGAAAAUAUUAGUUCAAUCUAAAUCUCCUAACUGGGAGUCUACAAAUCUUAAGACAACAAGACUUAAAAAUGAACAGAAAACUCAAAUAUUAAUAUUUAAAGAGUUGACUUGGCAAAUGAUACGAAUUGAAUUAUAUUCUACCAAUGAUCGAAAUAAACCUCCUAUUAAAUUAUUCACAAAUGAUAUAAUUUGCCGGUUAACUAUUAAAAAAAGACUUUCAGAUUGUUUCAUUUUGGGAUGCAAAUUAGCAAUUUUAAUCGAAGAGUUAUUAUGUGUUUUCACUGAUUCUCAAAUGAAAGCAGCUCUUCAUUACAUAGAUUCAUUAGCUGGUGUUGUAAAAAAAUCAACAGAUCUUUCUCGCAAGAAAAAAGCAAUUAGAAAACUUGAAUGCUUACCUGAAUAUCAAGCUCAACUAGAUCAGGAAAAGAGAGGAAAAUUUGUAUCAAGUUCAAAAAGUUCAUGUUUAUUUAGUUUUCAUGAUGUAAUUGAAACAUCGUAUCAUUUUGUUGCACAAAAAAUUAAUCUUCAUCUUAGUGAUGACCCUGGAAGUCGUUCUUUACAUCCAGAAUUACAGAAGGGUGGUUCAAUACAAAUUGAAGUAACUUGUUUUCAAGUUGAUCUAUACCCUUAUCAUUUGGCUGACAGUGAUCGAUUACAUUGGGGUCUUUAUAAAAAAGCAAGUUCAUCUUUUUUUCAAUGGUUAAAAGAUUCUCAGUCUGAAUUUUGGGAAAAUCUGUGUACAUUAAUGAGAGAGAAUUUCCAAAUUCCCGAUACUCAAAAAGGACAAGUUACUAAAUAUUUAAAAGCUCAAUAUUCAAAGUUGAUGACAAGUUGUACAGUGCUAAGAAUGUCUGACUUCGUUGUAUAUAGGGUCCAGUCAGGAAAAAAACAAGAUCAGAUUGCUUUUAUCAAAGGUGAUAAGGAACGUCAUAAAUUGCCUCAUGAUUCUAAAGUAAUUCAUGCAGAAUUUACAUAUUAUUAUUAUCCUGGAGAUGUUGCAUUCCCUUUGCCUCCAUCAAAAUUUUAUGCACAAUUAAAUCCAGUUCAAAUGAACUUUGAUACAUUAACUAUAUUAUGGCUAAAUACUUUUGCGUUGAAUGUUUAUAAAUCAUUAAUGACUACUAAUGUAGCAAAUCAAGAUAAUUUAGGCAGUAUGAUUUAUUUUGACAUUCUUGUCGAAGCAAUUAUGCCUCGUUUUAUAUUUGAAGAAGAGAAACUUUGUAAUAAUCAAAAAGAUCGUCCUAAAUCAUUAAAUUUACAAACUAGCCGAGCUACUUUGAGUAAUGUUCGUAGUAAUGAACAUGGCAUGUCAAGAUCUGAUUUAGCUAACUGUGUUAAUGGUUUGCAAUUUGCAUCUCUUUUCUAUUCUUCUGAAUAUCCAGCAAAAGAGGGAGAUUAUCAUCCUGUAACAGAAAAAUUAUUAAACCACGCUCAAGAUAACGAUGAUGUUCGAGCUUACCCUAAUAAUAUAACAGUUUUUUCGUUAGAAGAGUUCACAAAAGAGUUAAGCCAAGAACUUUUAUGGAUUGAAGCUAAAGAUAUUUGGUGUGUGCGAUUAGAUCCUGUUUGGGGUGAUUUUUAUGGUGCCAGAGCAGUUGGAUCUACACCAGUACCUUUUCUAGAAGCAUUUCCUCUAACCUUAUGGGUUCAGCCACCUACCCUUACACCAAAAUCUGAAGUUUUUAAUAGGAACUUAAAGUAUGGUGAUAUGACAGUGUUAUGUUAUGUUCCAAAUUUGAUUAGCAUACAAAUCAAUCAUUUUCAAUAUCUUUUUCUUUUGCGUGUGGCUGAUGCAGUAGAUGAGUUAGCUACAUACAUUGUUGCUGAUCAACAUAAUAUAGUCGGAAGUAAGAAGAGCGGAUCAUUUGUAUUUGCUGCACUAUUUGCUCAAGUUGAAAUAACAUUUGUCACCAGUGCUCAGUUGGAUAUACUGGGAAAAUCUGGGGGUGUUGAUGAUGUUAGCUCAAGUGUUGUGGCAGAUUCAUCAAGUAUAGCGACUCAAAGUGGUCAUAGUGCACAAUUGAGCAAUAACAUACAAACCGCUACUUACGAGGAUGUUGGAUAUGUGUAUGAUAUGAGUCAAGCAUUCAGAAUACCAAUGGCUAUAUCUGGAGCCAGUUCUAAACGAAAAGAAUUUAUGUCACAAAAGUCAGCAUCUGUUGUGUAUGAUAAUGUCAAAGAAAUGUCUCAAAUAAAAAUGGCUGAAUCAAUUACAUCAGAUAUAAAUUUACCAACUUUCAAAGGCAUGAAGAAACGAUGGUUUAAUUUUGGAGCAUCUGUUGAUCUCACAGGAAAACAAAAUAUUGAUGAUUAUGGCGAUAAUGUUUCUGUUAGAUCUGAUAUGAGCUCAGAUAGUGAAAGUUUAAUGGACUUAAGUUUAGACACAAAUGAUGGUGCUGAUGUAAUGUUUAAGUUUCCUUCAGCACAAAGACCAAAAGGGGGAUUUAUUAAAAAUAUUGAAUUGGCUUCCGAAGCAUUUGACGAUAUUUUUGGAGGAGGAGAAUUAACCCCACCAACCACUUCUAGUGAAAGAGAUUCAAUUGGAAGUUCUAUUAAACGAAAAGAUUUGAUUGCUAUAACCACUUUGAAAUUUGGACGAGUUGAAAUUCUACAUCAAUCAGAAGGUCUCAAUUCAGUUGUUAAAUUACAAGUCACAAAUGUUAGUACAGAAGAGUGUCCAUAUAUUCCAUGGGAUGAAUUUCAGGAUAAAUUUACAACCAGAACGCGGGAUUGGAACGAAGUUGAAGGUGUUGCAGGUUUACCACAGAUACCUAGGGUAAUGGUUCGGUUAGAACACAAUAUUAUGCCCAAACGUGAUGAAAAAUUAAUUAAUGUUGAUGAAUGGAAAAACGAUAAUCUUACUGCUAAAAUUAACAAUGUUUCUUUAUCAUUAAAUUCAAACUCGUUAACUAGUUUAGCAGACUUUUUCGUUGAUGAACAUCCAUCAAAAACAUUGCCAUUUGAGGCAACUAUUGAAAAUACAACAAUAAAACUAUGUAAUCCAACCCAAAAUGAUGCUUUACAAGAUGAAACAAGCAUAAAACCAACUGAUACAGAAAUCCAUCUUAGUAGGUUAAAAGUUGAACGCACUAAUGAUGGAUUAGUUUGUGUGGAACCAAUAAAAGAAAAUUGUGAUAGUCCUAAUAGUAGUAAUCAGCUAUUAGAAGUAAUGGAAGAAUUUAAAAAAAUUACUAUUGAAAACGAAUACCUUCAUAGAAAACUGGGUACACUUGAACGAUUAAAAGAAGAGAAUUCUGAAUUGCGUAGAUUUCAAGAAGAAAACAAAAGUCUAAAAUUAUUAUUAAGUGAGGCACAAGAUAACAUUAGCAAGUUGUUGGGAGAAAAACAAAAUCUGUUGGAUCAGGUACAUGUUCUAAAAGAGCCAAAGACUAAUAUGAUAGUGACUUCUUCGAAAAGAUAGCGUACGUGUUGGUGCUUUACUUGCACGAAUGAUAGAUCACCAGUAUGACUGUUAUAAAACAAGGUUUUGUAUUUAUAUUGUUGUUUUGUGUUAUUGUUAUUUGAUAUAUUUUUUUUUAUAUAGUAGUAUAAGUUUAAAAACAUGGGUACAGAAUCUGAUAGUUAAUUAUCAUUUAUCAUAUUCUCCAUGAUCUCAAAACAAAAUAAUUAAAGGUUAAAACUUAAAAGCAAUUCAGGUAAUAACAUCUAUAUGAAUUGUAAUUCAUUGAUAAAUAAUUGUACUUACUAUUCGAUGCUAACAAUUUUCAAAUGUGACAUAGUUGUGGUAUCAAAAAUUAAAGAUUUUUUACAAAAUAUUUUUACUUUAAUUUCUCUUAUGCAAAUCUUAUUAUUUAGAAAAAAGUGCAAAAUUCAGUACACUUAUGUUUAAUGAUUUAAUAGUAUGUAUCCAAUUUGUGUGCUAUAAGUAAACAUGAUUGGUAUGCAUGGUUGUUUUAUUACAUUUUUAAUACUAUUUGGACUGAGACAACCAUACUUUUACUAUUUGUAGGAAUAAUGAUGCUGCUUUGAUGUUUUCAAAAUUAUAGUUUAAAAACUUUUCUGGUUUAUUAAUGAUUAGUUAAAAGACAAAAAUGUGUACAGUGUUUAAAAUAAGCAAAUAAUGAAGUUGAAUUUUUAUAUUUUUUGUGAUUUCUAUGAUAUAUAUCAUAAUAUAAUAUAGGUACUUUAUAUACAUAUUUUUUAUCUUAUACUAAUAUAAUAUGAUGAACUAUCGUCACAUUUUGUUAUAUAAUUUUACUUCGCUGAUUUUAUUCAUCUUCUUAUUCCUAAAAUUAUUUACCUUUACUAUAUAUGUACAGAGUAAUUCUUGCCAAUGACCACUCAUUAUCUUAGACUAAAAUGUUUUCAAAAAAUAUUAUAUUUUUACAUAAAAAUUCUCAACCAAAUUCUGUUUUGUUUUGUUAUAAAUAAAAUAAUGUUAAAAAGUAUAUAUAAAAGAAGAGCAAUGGUUAUAUUGAUUUUUAAAAAUGUUUAUACUUUUUGGGAUAAUGAUUAAUAAGUAUUUGCUGUUAAAAGAAUCAAUCAACCAGUAUGUAUACAAAAAUAAUUUUUAUCUAACAUAACUUAUAUUUUAAAUUAACUUAUGUGUUAAUUUUUAAGCAAUACAAAAGAAUGCUUACAUUUUAAAAUACACAAAUAAAAAUACAUAUUUUAUUGAGUAGAUUUUGUUAUAAGACUGGUUUCAUCUAAAUAUACUUUAAAUAAAAUAAUAAAAAAAAACAUGUAUGUUGUAAUUGAAAUUAUUUUAAAAUAUUUUAUGCAUUGAUUUUUUGAUGUUAAUUGUAAAAUAAUAUAUUUAUACUCUUAUAUUAUUUAACCAUUAUAUUUAACUUCAAAUAACAAUAUUACAUUAUUAUACACCAUGUGUUAUGUUCUGUCUUAAAAUUAAAAACCAAACUUCUGUAACACCAUUACAUUAAAAAAAAAUAGUUUAUUAUGCGAUACUCUGUAGUCUGUGGAAUGGUGCUGUUACUGAUGUUAUUAUUUAAAUAUUUGAUUCUUAUAAAUUUUUUAUUUGCAUUUCAUCGACUGUUAGGUAUCAAAUGUCCCUAUUACCAUUUUGUUUUUAUAUUAUGACCUAAUUGUCUAAAGACAUUUGACCUUUGAACAUUACUAUUAAAUUGUUUAACUAUAAUUAAUUAAUAUUACAUUUUUCAUUAAGUCUUUUACAAAAUUUACUGAACUAAUUUCUAGUUUAAAUAAUAUUAACAUUUAAUUAAUUGUAAUUUUUUAUAAUUUAUAAUUUUAUUUUUUGUUUUAUUCUAAUUCAAUUUAGCCUAUGUUGGAAUAAUAUAACAUUAUUUUACCUAUCAUAUAGAUAGAAGAAUAGGUACUCAUUUUAAAAAAGGUAUAUUUGACUGGCUAUAUGUUUUAAAUAAUAACUAAUCAUUAUAUAUAAUUUAAACAAUGUUAUACUCUUAACACAUAUCUCAAUUUGUCCAUUUAUGAGAAAGUUAAUUAAGUAUUUUAUAAUACAACAUAAUUCAUUUAAGGAAUGACAAAUUUUAAAAUACUAUGCACAUUAAAUCUAAAUAAAAAUGUUAAGUAUCUACAUUAAUUUUUUUUUUUGAGAGAGAGAGUGAGAGUGAGAGAAAAGUAAAAUUAACUGACAUACUAUUUUUUUUUAUUUUACCAUUAUAUAUAUACACAUAUAAAAUAAAUUUUGUUUUUGUUUAUAUUAUAUAUUAACUUUUUAAUUUUUGUAAUGGACAUCCUUUGACUCCUUUCUACUAAAUAUGCACACUGUAUACAUAAUAAAAUAAAUGUCCAUGUUUGUAUACAUUUCUUAUUUAAAAUAGAAUUUCUUUCAAUAUGGUUUUAUUUGACUUAUAUCUUAAGUACAAUUAUUUAUUGUUAACGCACUUAUUAUAAAUCAUUUUUUGGUUUUCACUCAGCGGCUGUUGGUUAAUUAGUUUUACAUAAUUUUCAAAGUAUACUUAUUACUCAUCUUAGAAUUUGUUUUAAUCAAUUAAUAAUUAUAUAUUAUAUUAUAUCUAUUAGUGUUAUUUUAAAUCUUACUACAACUAUUACCAGACUUACCAAUUCUAUUGAUUAUUAUACUCUAGUUUCUGAUGUUUGCCUAUUCAUUAUUCUUUGUUUUCUUUAAAUAUUUUAUCAUUAUAUAUAUAUUUUUUUUUUAUUGUAAUUCAAUUUUUUUUUAAUACUGUUAUUAUACCUUUUUACUAUCAUAAGUUUUGUUAUAUUAUCAGUUUUUGAAAAAAAAACUUAAUUAUUUGUGUCUAUAUUUGUUGUGAAUUCUAUUUAAUAAAAUUGUAUUGUUGAUUUAGUUUA